AUGACCUCCCCCAACCACACUGAUUAUCUUCCACCACCUAUAGCAGAACCAUCCACUGGGCCACAAACAGCGCAUUUGGAAGAUAAUACACCACUCAGGCAACCAGCUAAGGAGGAUGACGAGGGACCCCUUCAGGAAGACCUUCGCACCUCAGUUUCUCAUCAGUCACCAUUCCGCCCGUUCUUCACUGUUAUACAAGACGCUCACUCGUCCGAAUACCAUCACCCCACUGUGCACUAUGUCUUCUCGGAUGAUGACACGGACCUAAUAACAGAGGCUGCUCUGCGGACUCUGGAAGCUGGCAAGGGAAAUAACUCUUUACAAGCCUCAGGCAAUACCCAUCUAAGAGAAGCAGGAGGAAAUGAGGAAGCAAGGGCGUACGCAAGAAUUUCUUCGCUGCCUCCCCCAAUAAAUGGCGUGCAAGAACACUACAUAGUCGUCGAUAUACAACCUUCUCAGUUCGACGCUGUUGGGAAUCAUCCAGCGGAGUCCUCGAAUGUCCAUACAAGAGAUACGGCCAAUUCUACAGAAGGUCUAGAACACAACGUUGCAACACCCCCACCUGCCACGGAGGCUGCACAACCGCAAUUCCCCUUUACCUUAGCUUCCGCCCAUAGUCUAAGCCCAUCCUGGCAAAUCCUCAACACCCGCCUUUGCACAGCGCGCACAUUUGAUUCGUCUACGAAUAGCCCCACCGCCGCUUCAGCGUCAGCAAACAACCGCUCCUCGUCGCCAGUUGGGGGCCUCAUGCUUGAGAUCGAAGGCACGUCCGUUGCCAGGUUUAACUCGUCGACUCAUCGCUACCAACGGGACCAACAUCAUCAGCAUCGCUUGGAAGAGAUGAUGGAACAAUUUGAGAAGCGGAUGGGAGAGUUACGGCAGGUUAUUGCAGCAGGAGAAGCAUACGUUGGUGACGAAGGCCAGAGCGAGAGGCUGGGAGUGACACAAACGCAAACCGCGAUUGGGGAGGGAUUUGAGAAGUGA